UGGCUAAUUAGUGACGUUCGAGUACGGGUAGGGAGUGGCCGUCCGUGCGCGCUUCCGCGUCUCCCGUUGCCUCUGCUUCCGCAUCCGCCAUAAGCGCAAUCUGUGGCGCGCUCCCGACUUUUCUUCACUGACAGACGCCCGAGUCACCCGCAACCGAGCACCAUGAAUGAGGAAUACGACGUUAUCGUGCUGGGGACUGGCCUGACGGAAUGUAUCCUGUCAGGAAUAAUGUCAGUAAAUGGGAAGAAGGUGUUGCACAUGGAUCGCAACUCUUACUAUGGAGGAGAGAGUGCUUCCAUUACACCCAUGGAAGAUCUGUACAAAAGGUUUAACAUCCCUGGAAGCCCACCAGAGUCCAUGGGACGCGGACGAGACUGGAAUGUGGAUCUUAUCCCUAAGUUUCUUAUGGCUAAUGGCCAGUUAGUUAAAAUGCUGCUGUUCACUGAAGUUACCCGUUAUCUGGACUUUAAAGUCAUAGAAGGAAGUUUUGUGUACAAAGGAGGAAAAAUCUACAAGGUUCCCUCUACAGAAGCAGAAGCUCUUGCGUCUAGUUUGAUGGGACUGUUUGAGAAGCGGCGCUUUAAAAAGUUCCUAGGCUUUGUUGCAAAUGCUGAUGAAAAUGAUCCAAAGACACUGGAAGGGGUUGACCUUAAGAAGACAACUAUGCUAGAGGUUUACAAGAAGUUUGAUUUGGGACAGGAUGUCAUUGAUUUCACAGGCCACGCUUUGGCUCUGUACAGGACUGAUGAGUAUUUGCAACAGCCGUGUUGGGAAGCUAUUAACAGGAUUAAGCUUUACAGUGAAUCUUUAGCACGUUAUGGCAAAAGCCCUUACCUAUAUCCACUGUAUGGCCUUGGAGAACUGCCACAAGGGUUUGCAAGAUUAAGUGCCAUUUAUGGGGGGACCUACAUGUUAAAUAAGCCGAUUGAAGACUUGGUGUUUGAGAACGGAAAAAUUGUUGGUGUAAAAUCUGAAGGAGAAGUUGCCCGAUGCAAGCAGUUGAUUUGUGACCCCAGUUAUGUUCCGAAUCUCGUUACUAAAGUGGGACAGGUUAUUCGUGUAAUCUGUAUCCUGAGUCACCCAAUAAAGAACACAAAUGAUGCCAAUUCCUGUCAGAUCAUCAUUCCUCAAAACCAGGUCAACAGGAAAUCUGAUAUCUAUGUGUGCAUGAUUUCCUAUGCACACAAUGUGGCUGCACAAGGAAAGUACAUUGCAAUAGUGAGCACUACUGUAGAAACAAAUGAUCCAGAGAAGGAGAUCAGACCUGCCCUUGACCUCCUGGAGCCCAUCGAGCAGAAGUUUGUUAGCGUUAGUGACAUGUUUGCUCCAACUGAUUUGGGAACAGUAAGUCAGGUCUUUAUCUCGCGCACAUAUGAUCCAACAACUCACUUUGAAACUACCUGCGAUGACAUCAAGGACAUCUACAAGAGAAUGACUGGAUCAGAAUUUGAUUUCGAGGAGAUGAAGCGCAAGAAGGAUGAUAUCUAUGGAGAUGACAAAUAGUGACCUGCGCCACAUCCGGGAGAAUUCCUGAAUCUACAAGGAAACACACAUUUUGGAAAUUAGGAACACUGAAUGAAACUCAAUAUUGCAAGGCCUGCUUUUUGUAAAAACUAAAAACCAAGAAUACUUCACUGGUAUCUGCUCUGUGCCCCUCUUCUGUUUCAUUUCCUGAUCAGGCUGCUGCCCAGAAUCCAUUUCUGUUUGGCCAUUUCUAGCUUACUAUGGGAUGAAACUGAUCUUUUUCAGGUUGACUGUUGGAGUAAUUCAUGCAAUGAAGUUCUAUGCCUUCACUUCUCAUGUUUUAUCUUUAUUUUAAUUUAGAUUCCGCUCUGGUAUACCAAAUAAUAUUUUCAUACUCAGGAUUAAAUGACAUGCUUAACUGAUCUGUUUAAUCUGAUUUGCUGUAAGAAGCUUGAAGGUAUUUUAAGCAGCACCUCCCUCAGUUACCGCCAUCCCAUCACUGUAUUAGUAUAUGGUCAGGUCUGUACACGGAGCUCCUGGUGUGUUAUUCUUGCAAAGUUUUAAAAUUCCUGACACCAGCUCAGAAAAGUUUGGCUGUAGACACCUGUUUUAUCUGCAAACUAACAAACCAUGUCCAUAGUAUUAUGCAGGCAAGACUUGCAUUUGUUUCCUGACCUGAUAAAACAGCAAAAAGCAGUAUUGAUUUGAUUGAGUCCUACUCUCAUAUGUUGCUUUAAUAGGGAUUAAACUGAUGUCUGUACCGCAGAGUAAAGCCAAAUUGUCAAAACUC